UUUCAACGCCCGACCGGGCUUCGGCAAAAGGGGGUUGGCCGGCACGGCCUAUCGCAAUGGCUUUUGGCAUGAAGGAUGGCUUGAACCAGAUUGAGGAGGCAAUCUUGGACAAGGUCCAGCAGAGGGUACACAGCCGAUCCACUGAGGAGACGUUCCUGGCGAAGCAGCUUCGGCAUUACGCUUUGGAAGAAGGAUAUUUGAACCUUCAGCAGUUCAGCCGCGCCCUGGUGCCGUUCGCCGCGGGCAUCGGCGAGAAGGACAUCGCAGCGAUCUUCGAGCGGUACGCAGAGGGGGGCAUGCUGCCCAUCCGGCAGUUCUCAGCGGAGUUCACCAGCGGUGUGCGCAGGGAGGAGGAAGUGCCAGCUGCCAGCCCGGAAGUGCCGUCGAGAGCCACCGAGGAGCUGAUUGAGAAGCUCAAGGACGCGAUCUACAACCAGGGCCCCCGCGGGAUCACGUCUCUCGCGGCGGCUUUCAGGGACGCAGACCCUCAGAACUCGCGCCUCAUACCUUUCGAAGCCUUCCACAGUGUAAUGUCCGACUUCUUUUCGGAAGAGGUAUGCUCAGAACAGCAGCUGGGGGAUCUUUUCGACAUGUUUUGCCAGCCGAAUGGCCACCUUCCUUAUGAUGAGUUCCUUCUGGCACUGAAGGACGAAGCAACGGCGCAGCAACGAGCUUUGAUCCGCGCGGCCUUCCGCCACCUAGACACGUCUUCGGAGGGCCUGGUGGACAUCAACACCAUCAUUCGCGGCUUCAAUGCGAACCGCCAUCCGGAGGUGGCAGCUGGCACGCGGCCUGCUGAUGAGGUGCUGCAAGAGUUUGCAGAGACUCUGAAGGAUCACAUUGCUUACAGACGCGGCCAACGUUCAUACCCAACCCAUUUGGUGGCUUGGGAAGAGUUCGAGGAUUACUUCAAGUCCAUUUGCGGCUGCUUCUCGGAGGGUGAGUUCUGCAGCAUCGUGGAGAAGGUCUGGGAUCUCAACAAGGCGAAGGACGCCUCAGUGGAGCAGCGCACCGCGCUGGCUCGCCCGGCGGCCGGCGCCCCGCUGAAGGUGCGCACGGGUCUCCACCACUGGCAGACCAACACCUUGCCGACCACCAUGACGCACCACAAGAUCGAUGAGAUUUCGAAGAUCGAAGACGUGAUGAAGCGCGCCCGUGCGCAAAUCGCCAGGCGCAGUCUGCGGGCCGCGGUGGACGUUGUGCAGCACUUCUACACUGCCGACGACGAUGUGGACGACCAGCUUGACCAGUACGAGUUCCGCCAGGCCUGCCGCAAGGCGCAGCUCUCCUUCCGAGAGCCCGAGGAGGUGUCGAUCUUCGAGGCAUGUGCUGAGACCAAGGGCAAGGUCCACCUGCCUACCUUUCUGAAGCUCUUGCACGGGGAGCUCUCGGCGGAGCGGCGGGCGUUGGUGGAGCGCGCCUUCGCCGCCGUAGGAGGCAACCCCCAGGACAACUCUGCGGUGAGCCCGGGAGUGUUGAAGGAGCGCUUCGUGGCGAAGGCCCAUCCGCUGGUGGCCCGCGGCCAGCUGCAGCCGGGCUUCGUCCUGGCGGAGUUUUUGGACACCUUCAGUCAGCUGGCCCACGUCCUGGGCGGUUGCGAGAACGGCAUGGUGUCCUUCUCGGACUUCCUGGCGUAUUAUGAGGUAGUGUCUUCGACUGUUGAAAACGACUCGCUUUUCGAUCUCAUCGUGCAGCGUGUGUGGGACGUGCCAAAGGACGGCGGGGAGUCCCCGCGCCGUGCCCUGCACGCGCCACGGGAGACCUGCACGUCGCCCUGGCGCGAUGCCAGGCCGCCGCCGCACUCCCACGGGGCAGUGACCACCUCGGCCUACGCAGCGGCCGACAGCCCCAAGGGAGCCCCGGAGCAUUACCGGCGCUUCGGCCGCGGCCAGGAUCAGCCUUCAGCAAUCACGAGGGGCGAGCUGGCCAGUGUCGUGUUCAACGACAAGGCCCACUCGCCAGUGAGUGAGGUCAUUGCCAGGCUUCGGAAGAGCAUUGCGCUGCGAGGACUGAAAGGUUGGAACGCCAUCGUGAAACACUUCCACUUCUACGACUACAAAAAGAACGGCACCAUCAUGCGCUUGGAUUGGCAACGCCUCAACAAGACCAUGGGCCUGGGCGUGUCGCCGGAGGAGCAGAACUUGCUCUUCCAGGACUUCUCGCAGCGGAAGAAGGGCAUCUCCAUGGACUACAAUCAGCUCCUGGAGCUUCUGCGGGGCGAGUUGCCAGAGGAGCGGGCAAACGCGGUAGCGCACUUGUUCCAGGCCCUGGGCGACGGAGCUGUCUCCCCGGACCAGCUGAAGUCGCGCUUCGACGCCCGGAGCGCGCCGCAGUGCCUCCUCCGCAGGAAGGAUCCCCGGCAGGCGGAACAGGAGUUUUUUGAAGCUGUGGAUUUCUUUUCCGAAGGUAAACCAUUCGACUUCGACAAGUUCUCUGAGUUCUUUCAGAUGAUCUCUGCUGUGCAUGAGGAUGACGAUGAGUUCCGGCUACACGUGAGUAGUGCCUUCGACGUCAAGUGACUUCGAACUGUUGGCGUGCACUGCCAUGCAUCGGAAGACCAGCUAGGGCUUGCAUAGGUCCAGCCAAAUCGAUUCUGGAACGUUUGCGAUAAUUCAGUUUGCAACCACGAAAUGUGGAUAUUAUCUAUGCUAUAUAUUUGCAUUGCGACAACGCGUGAUGAAAACGAACCUACUGGUAUCCAG